AUGUCGUCGCCACCCCAGGUAGCCGUGUUUGAGCAGCUGGGACCUACGUCCGCAACCGAUCUGAGCGAAAAGAAGCAAGCCUCGGGCGCUGCCGCGGCGCCUCUGGAUGGAGGGGGUGGACGGAAGAGUUCCCGCACGACAUCGAUAUUUGCAGUGGCAGGCUGUACGGCAGCCAACUUCUCCGAUGGCUACCAGCAGCACGUCGCCUCCACGGUGAACGUCAUCUUCGCGCACAUGCUCGGCAAUCAGUACACAUCAGACGACAAGACGAGGAUCUCCAACGCCCUGAUCGUCGGGCAGGUCUUUGGGAUCCUGCUUCUGGGCUUCGUCACGGACUGGUGGUCGCGAAAGGCGGGUAUGGUCUUCACCUCGUCGCUUGUCGUGAUCGGAAGCCUGAUGGCCACACUGGCGCUCAGGGUCGAGCGCCUGGGCGUUGAGAAUAUGCUAUGGUAUCUUACCAUCGUCCGUGGCAUGGCUGGGGUUGGUGUUGGGGGCGAAUUCCCAGCCGGAGCGGCUGCCGCCUGCGAAGGAAUGGAGGAUUACAAGCCCAAGUCCCGCGGCCCCGUCUUCGUGUGCGCGACGACAUUCAUCACCUGCUGGGGAGGGCCAGUCUGCGUGUUCGUGUAUCUGAUGACUCUGAUUGCAUCCAACAACAACCUCGACACGACGUACAUCGCGGUCAACGCCGUCUCGGUCAUUCUCCCGCUAUUUGUCUUCAUGUUCCGCCUCCGCAUGCAGGACUCGAGGCUUUUCCAACGGUCCAACUUCAAGUCGACGAAGACGGUCAGGAUCCCGCUCCGGCUUAUCUUCAAGAGAUACUGGGUCCGCCUCCUGGGCACCGGCGGCGCGUUCUUCAUCUACGACUUUGUUAACUUCCCGAACAGUAUCAUGUCCAGCACGAUUAUUAACUCCCUGGUGCCGGGCAAGGCCCUACAGACGGUGGCCAUGUGGCAGCUCAUCCUCUCCCUGAUGACGCUGCCGGGCGUGUUUGUCGGCAUCUUCCUCGUCAACAAGCUGGGCCGCCGGUGGACCGGGAUCCUGGGGUUUGGCGGCUACCUGCUCGUCGGCCUGAUCGUCGGGUGUUCAUUCGCGCAGAUCACCGAGGUCAUCCCGGCGUUUGUCGUCAUGUACGGACUGAUGCAGAGCCUGGGGCACAUGGGACCUGGUGCGACCCUCGGGCUCGUGUCGACAGAGUCGUACCCGACUGCCAUCCGAGGUGUCUGCUAUGCGAUUUCAGCGGCCCUGGGCAAGGCGGGCGCCGCCGUUGGGACGGAGGUGUUCACGCCUAUCAAGGAGAACUUUGGCCAGAGGUGGACCUUCUUCUUCGCAGCCGUCUUCGGUGCUGUUGGAAUGGCUGUGUACUGGUUCAUGAUCGAAGACAUGACGCAGGCAGAUCUCUUGGCUGAGGACAAGGCAUUUGAGAUAUACCUGAAGGACAACGGAUGGGAGGAUGAAAUGUUGGAAAACGCUGAGCAUAAGGAGUGA